CGUGACAAAAGCUGCCACCCACGCACGAUAUCAGCAACGCAAAACAAAAACAUCGUAGUGAAUGAUUCCAGCUCGCUGUGGAAAAUUUACGUUUCUCACUACAGUUCAUUAAUCCUGGUUAAUUAAAUUAAAAAUAAGUGGUAAAACAGUGAAGUAGUGAAUCGGAAACAGAUCCCGGAAUCAUGGAAGCGGCGGCAUUGAACCGAUUGCUUGGCGAAGAUCGAUCCCAGCUGGGGCCGGGUCUGGAACAGUUCAACAAACAGCACCAGCAGAUUUUCAACUUUUCCCAUCUGACCACCAGCGGCCAGUGGGUGCUGCUGUGGAAUCGCCUUUUCGAGCUGCUGGCCGACCCUGAAAUGCCCCACCGGGUGGAGUGUCUGGUGGCCAUUAAGUUGCUGAGCCGCGAUAAGACGUAUCUGAAUGAUACGGUUCGCGAGGAUCAACUGGAUUGUUUGCUGGGUUUGGCCGGAAUCGGGGCGUUGGGGGAUGUGCGGUUUACGGCUGGAGAGGAGGUGCAGAUAGAGGCACUAAAGUGCCUGAGCAAUUUGAUAUUCCAGAGCAGCAAGUGCCAGGAGCUGUGCCUGAGAAAUGCUUCCACCGAGGGCAUUAUGAGGAGGAUCAAAACCUACAAGGACGGAAACGUGUGCUACGAUAUUCGAUACUUCGACAUGAAACUGCUGUUUCUGCUGACCGCCAUUAAUUGUGAUAUUCGAGCCAAAGUGAGGGAAGAACUUCACGGAUUGGUUUAUUUGGUGGAAACGUUGGAUCUCUUCAUGGGACAGGCUGCCGAGGAAAAAGAGUUCAGCGACAAAGAUGUCGAACUGAUAAACGAAGUGUUGAAAGUCUUGUUCAACCUCACCGUUCGAACUCCCCUCAAUGCCAUCCCUGAGGAAGAGGAAGCCAAUCAAUUCCACCGGCUAGUCAUCGUUGUGCACGAUCUUUUCUUUUACCGAACUCUGAACAGGGACAAGAUCAUUUCGCUGCAGUCGAAUAUCGUCAACCUGUUGACUAGCGUUCCGGUGAGUUGCUACACUGAACUGCUUACUCCCCUAAAUUCGGACGAUCUGGAUUCGAAAAACGUUGUCCCCUUCGAGGGUAAAAACGUGUACGUACUGCACGUGUUGGUUGAGUUCCUACGGCGAGUUUUCCAGAAAUCAGAGAAGAAGUCCGAUCAAUAUGAAUUGCUAUCUCCAAUCCUGACCGUCCUAAUCAAAACGAUUCGGGCCUCGGCGUUGAAUCGUCGGUACAUUCGGUCGGAGAUUCUUCCGCCGUUAAAGAAUGUUAAAGAUCGGCCGGAGAUCGGAACGGAACUACGUAAUUACCUGUGCUCUCUGCUGACCAGUCAGAUCACUCAGAUCGCUGAUCUGUCCGCAGAACUGCUAUUUGUCCUGUGCAAAGAGAACGUCGGUCGGAUGAUCAAAUACACCGGCUACGGGAAUGCGGCCGGUUUGUUCGCGAACCGUGGAUUGCUGGGCGGCCGCCAGGGCAACACGGAACAGUAUUCGUCCGAUUCGGAGGACAGUGACACGGAAGAGUACAAACAGAUCCAACAUGCCAUCAAUCCGGUGCUGGGAUGUUACGAGCCCCCGAAACCCAAUCCCCUGGAGGGAAUGUCCGAGGAGCAGAAGGAGUACGAAGCGAUGCAGCUGGUGGCGCUGAUGGAUAAACUCCAGCGGCAGGGAAUCGUCCAGGCGUGCAAGAUUGGCGAAGAUGGCCGCCCGCAGCCAGUGGAGCACAUCAUGGAGCUGCAGGACGAAAUCCCCGAACAGCAGCGGGAUCAUAAGCGUAAGACCUAGAGAGAGGGCGGUUUCAAGGUAAGUGUCGUUUGUGUGGUUUCAGUAUUCGGUAGCCAAAUCGUAGCCUGAUGUGUUCCUUUCGGAAAAAGGUGAACCAUUUCGGCGAUUCCAAAAAUUUGUUUGACUAAUGAAAUGUCCAUGAAUUACUAUACGCGUAGGGACGAUGAAGAUGUUCUGAGAUUCUAUUAGAGUUAAGCAGCGAUUGAUGUAGGCAUUUCCUGUUCUUCUGCUAAAUUACAUCUAUACCGAUCUAGAAAGCUUUCAUUUAGAUUCAAAUCGUGAUAUAAAAGUCGUGUCCGUGUGUAGGUGUAGUCAGUAAAAUUUUAUUUAUUAUCUAUUGUUCCGAAGCGAAGUAAUAGAUGCUUUUAGACGUUA